UGGCCGCGCGCUGAUGCCGUCGACCGUCUGCCCCCUGUGUUUGUUUAUGUGCUGGUGUGUGCUGGUGGCUCGUAGGGCUUACCGUCUUUGUUUCAAUUCAAUCUGCCGAUGCUAAUAGGGAGGCGACAGCAGAUGGCAGACGCACGAUGAGGCUUUAGUUCGUUCCUAGACCGCUCAGACAACGGUUCGUCCGCGCUGGAGCCUUGGUUCGAUCUUUGACCCCUCGUCAAAGGAGUAAAAUCAGUUCUGCACAACAAACACAAAGUCAAUCAUCAUGCAUAUGUCAUUUUGGUUUUCUCCAGAGCUUGGAGAUUUUUUGAUUAAAGGGUUCGUCGUGGAUACAACCAAAGCUUUUGUGGCGACCUGCUUUGGAUUGGGAGCUAUAGCCGUCUUAUUAGAAGUGCUCAAAUUUUGGAGAACAAAAGUAAAACACAAGUCAGCUUUGAAGCAGUCUUUAAACGCCCAAAUUGGAGGCAGCGAAACAUCUGCUCUUCUUUCCGGCUCUCGUCUCAGAGGAAAUUUAGAAAGAGUUUUGAAUAUUACUUUUGAAGUUGUUAUGUACUUGACCCAAGAAUCAUUCAACUGGAUAGUGAUGCUAGCUGUCAUGGGAUACAAUGGGUACAUAUUUGUGUCAGUUAUAGCAGGAGCAGGGCUUGGAUAUGCUCUGUUUGGAGAAUCUGUUGCCAAUUCAAAAAUUCAAAACGUCAAAAUGAAAGCUGCUAUGAUGUCAUGUGGAGAUUGUCAAGUGAAAGAAGAAGAAGAAACAGAUGAGAACGAUCCUGGGCAGUCUGAUCCUCCUACCGAUUCUCAAGCUAUUCCUUCUAUUUCAGGGUCAAUAAGUCGAAGUGUCAUGGUUCACUGUGAUCCAUAAGUUUAAGAUUCUCUUCAGUAAAAUCAUAAGAUGGCAUGAUUAACAAUAUAAUCUUUUGAAUUGCAUCUCACAAAAAUGAAAGACAUCUGUGAAAUUUAGUGAUGGGCAAUUUUUUUUUCCUUUUACUUUUGUGCCACAUGGAUUGAUGGUAAAAAAACUGUGAUAUUUUGCUGCUUGACAAGUAAUUCAGUUUUAACUUGAUUAAAAUCUGCGUUGUUAUGCCUUGCUAGAUUUGGAACAUGGAGGGAAAAUGUAUGCUCAGCUGCAGGACAGCAAAUUGAAGUUUAUAUGUUUUUUUUUUUAACUUUAUGAUUAUUAUAUAUAUAUGUAUUGAUUAUCAUUUGUAAUAGUUUAUUGCAUGCAAUCCUUUAAGAUGGAUCCAGCUUGUGCAGACUCUUUAAUAACUUUGAGAGCGUCUCAUGUGUGUGGACUGACUAUCUCUUUCCUAAAUUUAAAAUGGGAUUAAAUCGAAUGGAGCACAAACUCAUUGUGUUGACCCACUAUCCCUUUUCAAAAUCUUUAACUGGGAUUAAAUCAAAUGGACCACAAACCCAUUUGUUAUGAAUGUCAAUGUGAGCAAUAUAGACUGCUCCCUUUCAGGAAUAUUUGGUUGUUUACUAGUCAAUGUUGUUAGCCAAAAUUUCUAAUGAAAAGCAUAAUGUAUAAGACUGAUUUCUUCUUGCCUUAACAUUCAGAUUAUCUUGUAAUGUAGGUUUUCCUACUAAUCACCUUUCUUGAGGAUUGUUUUAUACCAGAAUUUUAACCUAGAAUAUAAGACAUCUUAUUUCUCUUUGCUUUGUAAUUAUGAUGCCCUCAUGUGUCACUUCCCUGUAGGCAGUCCCAAGUGAGCCAAAUACAAUUCUAGGGAGAGAAAUAAAAUAAAAUAUCGAGCAAUGUUUAA